AUGUUUUUUUUAAUGGAAGUUGUUAUAGUUGCCCUUAUGGCUGACGUCGAAAUGGAACAACCUAAAAUUGAACCCAAGGAGGAGGUUGUCGAAGAGAAUGGAAGUGCAGACAAGAUCCAGGAAGCUCAAGGAGUUUCGACUUAUGCUGAAGAUGAAGUUUACAAGAAGCUCGUUUCUCAACAAAUGAAGCAGUCAGUUGCCGAGACCCUGAUGAAGUUGUUCGAGUCGGGAUACAUGACUAUUGAUGACUUUGAUGAGCGCGCAGUGGAAAUGAUGAAUUCCUUCCCAGAAGAUCAAGCUCGUUACAUCAUCGAUCAACUGAGGGAAUCCAGACUUUUUGGAGUUCAAAACAAGCCCCAGUACCUGAUGUCACUCAUGCGUAAUUUCCGCGAUCGCAUUCGUGCCCAGGGAGCUCAGGCGACUUAUGCUGAAGAUGAAGUUUACAAGAAGCUCGUUUCUCAACAAAUGAAGCAGUCAGUUGCCGAGACCCUGAUGAAGUUGUUCGAGUCGGGAUACAUGACUAUUGAUGACUUUGAUGAGCGCGCAGUGGAAAUGAUGAAUUCCUUCCCAGAAGAUCAAGCUCGUUACAUCAUCGAUCAACUGAGGGAAUCCAGACUUUUUGGAGUUCAAAACAAGCCCCAGUACCUGAUGUCACUCAUGCGUAAUUUCCGCGAUCGCAUUCGUGCCCAGGGAGCUCAGGCGGUCAUGGCAGGAAAGCUGAUCAACGGACCUGAUCCAGACAAAAUGACGGAAAUUUUGAAGAGAACUGGCUAUACUCUGGAAAUCACCGUUGGGCAACGGAAGUAUGGCGGACCGUGUCCUGACUGGGAUGGUCCUCCCACCGGACCCGCUGGCCAAGGACACGAGAUCUACAUCGGUCAUAUUCCCCACGAACUCUUUGAGGAUUCUAUUGUUCCCUUGUUCGAAACGUGCGGUAAAAUCUGGGAUCUGAGACUUAUGAUGGAUCCCAUGUCAGCCAAGAACAGAGGAUACGCUUUCCUGACAUUCUGCGAGAAGUCGUCUGCAUCGGAAGCUGCUAAAAAGUAUGAUGGACACGAAAUUUUGCCCGGAAAAGCUCUGAAAGUGAACGUCUCUGUCGCAAACACACGUCUGUUCCUGGGAAACAUCCCCAAGUCGAAAACUAAAGCCGAAAUUCUUGAGGAGCUCAAAAAGCACGCAGAGGGUGUCACAGACGUGAUUGUCUACACAAUUCCGGAUGCAACUGAACGAUUCAAGAAUAGAGGAUUCUGCUUCGUCGACUUUGCGGAUCAUAAAACUGCUUCUGAUGCAAAAAGGAAGAUUCAGCAACACAAAAUUCGUCCUUUCAACAGUGAGCUUGUAGUUGAUUGGGCCGAGCAACAGGACGAACCUGAUGAGGACACCAUGAACAAAGUCAAAGUGCUUUACGUCCGCAACCUAAAGGAAAUUGUAACUGAGGAGAAAUUGAAGGAGAUCUUCGGCCCAUAUGGCGAGAUUGAACGCAUAAAAAAGAUCAAAGAUUACGCUUUUGUACACUUCAAAGAACGCGAGCCAUGUGUAAAGUUGAUUGGGCCGAGCAAGCAGGACGAACCUGAUGAGGACACCAUGAACAAAGUCAAAGUGCUUUACGUCCGCAACCUAAAGGAAAUUGUAACGGAGGAGAAAUUGAAGGAGAUCUUCGGCCCAUAUGGCGAGAUUGAACGCAUAAAAAAGAUCAAAGAUUACGCUUUUGUACACUUCAAAGAACGCGAGCCAUGUGUAAAGGCGUUGGAAGAAUGGAACGGCAAGGAAUUGGAGGGUGUGGUGAUAGAUUGUUCUCUCGCUAAACCACAAGUGGAAAAGAAGAAGAAGCCAAUGGGACGAGGCCGAGGGAUGGGAAUGGGUAUGGGCAUGGGAAUGGGAAUGGGCAUGGGCAUGGGUAUGGGAUACGGAGGCGGCCCCGGUGGAUUCGGCGGCGGUCGUGGUCGAGCGAACAAUAUGUAUCCUAAUAUGGGCUACGAUGAUUACGGUUUCGGAGGAUAUGGUAUGGGUGGCGGAUACGGUGAUUAUGGCGGCUACGGUCCAGGAGGAUACGGCGGAGGAUACGGAGACUUCCAAAACGGCGGAUACGGUCCACCCGGCGGAUAUGGUGGUUACGGUGGAGGUUUUGGAGGACGAGGCGGUGGCGGAUUCCGCGGUGGACGUGGUGGUAACCGAGGAGGACACGCAGGGCGAGGCAAGCGACCAGGUGACAGAUCUGGUGGUCCGGCUUCAAAGCGUGAUAACGGUGCGCCGGACUUCUCAGCCGAUGUAAACAUGAGCUCGUUUUAG